UCUCUCUGUCCGUCGACGGUCAUCGCAAGUUAUAUAAGAGCCCCGUCGUCUCCAUUCUCGAUCGAGGAUCUUACUUCUUUUCUCUCCGUACUCCGUUUGACACUUUCCCCUCUUCUCUCAUCGUCUGCAUAUACCUCAACCGGCAAUAUGUGGACUAUGACCUCUGGCUUCAAGGGGCGGUCGCUCCGGAUGGCCAUCACCCUCACCGCCGUCAUGGGUUUCUCUCUCUUCGGUUACAACCAGGGUAUGAUGUCUGGUUUGAUCGCCGGUACUGAAUUCGUCAAGUCCUUCCCUACCCUAGCUAUGCCUACCGACCCGACCGAUGCGGAGGAUCGACACAUCAACGUCCUCCGUGGUGCCGUCACCGCCUGUUAUGAGAUCGGUUGUUUCUUCGGCGCCCUCUUCUCCAUGUUCUUCGGUGACAAAAUCGGCCGUACUCGUCUGAUCAUGAUGGGUGCCUCGAUUCUGAUUGUCGGUGCCCUCAUCUCGACCGUCUCCUUCGGAGACCACUGGGGUCUGGGUCAAUUCGUCAUCGGUCGUGUCGUGUCCGGUAUUGGUAACGGUAUGAACACCGCUACCAUCCCCGUCUGGCAGUCUGAGUGCUCUAGCGCGCACAACCGUGGUUUCCUCGUCUGCUUCGAGGGUGCCGUUAUCGCCGUCGGCACCUUCGUUGCCUACUGGGUCGUCUUCGGUCUCUCCUACGUUGAUUUCGACGUGCAGUGGCGAUUCCCCGUCGCCCUGCAGAUUCUCUUCGCCAUUUUCGUCUUAAUCGGCGCCUUCAUGUUCCCCGAAUCCCCUCGUUGGAUGGUGAUGCGCGGCUUCGAUAAGGAGGCCUGUGAGGUCAUCGCCAAGCUGAAGGGCUCCUCGCCCGACGCCGAGGACGUCCUGCACGACUUCAACUUCAUGAAGGCCGAUGUCGAGUCCUCCAAGGCCAACGAGGCCGGAUGGGGCGCCCUCUUCACCGGCGGCAAGACCCAAGAGUUCCAGCGCAUGAUCGUCGGUUGCUCCGGCCAGUUCUUCCAGCAGUUCACCGGUUGCAACGCUGCCAUCUACUACUCCACCCUGCUGUUCGAGGACAACCUCGGUCUGGCGCACCGUCUGGCUUUGAUCAUGGGUGGUGUUUUCGCUACCGUCUACGCCCUGGCCACCAUCCCCUCGUUCUUCAUGAUCGAGCGUGUCGGUCGUCGCAACCUCUACCUGAUCGGUUACAUGGGUCAGGGUCUCUCGUUCGUCAUCACCUUCGCCUGUUUGAUCAAGGAGACCGAGGAGAACUCCAAGGGUGCCAUCGUCGGUAUCUUCCUGUUCAUCACCUUCUUCGCCUUCACCUUGCUGCCGCUCCCCUGGAUCUACCCCCCCGAGAUCAACCCUCUGCGUACCCGUACCGCUGCCUGCGCCGCCUCCACCUGCACCAACUGGAUCUGUAACUUCGCCGUCGUCAUGUUCACCCCCAUCUUCGCCGCUACCAGUCCCUGGGGUGUCUACCUCUUCUUCGCCCUCAUCAACUUCAGCGCCGUGCCCUUCAGUUGGUACUUCUUGGUCGAGACGGCCGGUCGUGAGCUCGAGGAGAUCGAUAUCAUCUACGCCCGUGCCCACGUCGAGGGCAAGCGCGCCCACCGCAUUGCCAGCGACAUGCCCAAGCUCACCUUCGAGGAGAUUGCCCAGCAGUCCCGCGAGCUCGGCCUGGACCACAGCGACCACCACGGCCAAACCGAGAAGGCCGAGCUUGGUCUCAGCAGCGGCAGCGGUAGCGGCCAAGACCUGCAGGAGGUCGAGGAGAAGCGCUAAGCGUCUUACAGAAAACGAUGAAAACGGGAGCAGAUGUGAAUUUCUUGGCCACUUGAUCUGAAGACUCAAGUUCCAGAAAUGGAUGACACAACCUUUGCUGCCUUAUGUUGAAAGGUUUUUUUUUUUUUAAUUUUUUUUUGGUGACCACGGUGCGGCUAAUAACCGCCAUACAUACCCCUUUGCUUUUUGGCCCACCGCCGCUUGUUUAGUAGAUAGAUAUAACUACACAUGUUGAUUAUAGAAAUUGGCUAUUCUACUGUUUUAUAUCUAUGUUAAUUCAUUUCAUUUCUUUCACGAUAGAUAUCCCAAAGCCAUCGAUUUCAAUCGUCAUGACUAGCCACAAAACUUUUCCAAUCCAACUAAUCAUGCCUUCGGA